AUGGCAAUACAUGCCAAGUCGAUUUGCAUUGAUGAUGCAUGUACCCACCGAGAGUUAGAAUUAAAACAAACUGUAACAUCUGUCAUGGAUCCGGUUAGAGAUACGAGCAGACGAGACUGGUCAUUGGAGGCGGUGUUUGAUCGUCAACUAAAAAACGCUUGUCCUUUAGCUAAAGAAAGUCGUGUGUUGGUGGAUUUGACGAAUGCAGGUGAUAAUUAUGAAUUGAAACCUGUGACCACUGUGGGCGAUAAUAAGGUUGCUGUUUACAACCUAUCCAAAUCACAAGAACCUCUAGAUAUACGCAUGUCAUGGAAUGAAAACUCGUUUCAAUAUCCACUUGAACCUGUUCACCCCAUGAUUUACGCAGAACGAUACUUUACUGGAUAUGGACAGGAGCGUGGUGGAUUAAGGAUCACAAUUCAUAAUCGGAAUCAAUUAAGUGCGAUGCCCGUGAUUUAUUAUGAUUCUGUGCCUUGGUUCCUUAAACUAUAUUUGCAUACGCUAAAGGUUGAAAUCAUUGGUAAUAUCUCCGCCGAUGAUAUCAUUCAACAAAUGUAUUAUCAACCCGCAAUUGAUAGAGGAAGGCCUACAAUGCUCGAAUGUGAAUUAUUAUUACCAGCAGAUUCAGUGGUUACCUUAUCUAUGGACUUUGAAAAAGUCUUCUUAAAGUAUACCGAACAUAGACCAGAUGCAAAUAGAGGAUUUGAUGUCGGUUCUGCGGUGUUAACAGCUUGGAUUCCAACCAAUGAAAAGGGCUUGAUUUUAUACGGGGAACCACAGCGUAUUUACACGGAUACAUUGUUAGUCAGUCUCCCAACUCCUGAUUUCAGUAUGCCCUAUAAUGUAAUCACACUUACCUGUACAGUGAUUGCCUUAUUUUUUGGAUCUGUCUUUAAUCUACUCAUACGUAAUUUUACAGUGGUCCAACAAGUAAAAAAAGAUGAAUAA